CCAUUCCGGGCAGAGCACCACGGUGAUUUGUUCUCCUGGUGGAGAGAGCUGGAAGGAAGGAGUCGGCGUGCAAAUAAUGAAGGAGCACGGGGCCACCUUCAGUAGCGCCGGCAUCAGCGGCGGCAGCGGUGACUCGGCUAUGGACAGCCUGCAGCAGCUCCAGCCUAACUACAUGUCUGUGUGUUUGUUUGCAGAAGAAUCUUAUCAAAAGUUAGCAAUGGAAACGCUGGAGGAACUGGACUGGUGCUUAGACCAGCUAGAGACCAUCCAGACCUACCGCUCUGUCAGUGAGAUGGCUUCUAACAAGUUCAAAAGAAUGCUGAACCGGGAGCUGACACACCUUUCAGAAAUGAGCCGAUCGGGGAACCAGGUGUCUGAAUACAUUUCAAAUACUUUCUUAGACAAGCAGAAUGAUGUGGAGAUUCCAUCUCCCACCCAGAAAGACAGGGAGAAAAAGAAAAAGCAACAGCUCAUGACACAGAUAAGCGGAGUGAAAAAACUCAUGCAUAGUUCAAGCUUAAAUAAUACAAGUAUCGCACGCUUUGGAGUCAACACGGAAAAUGAAGAUCAUCUAGCCAAGGAGCUGGAAGACCUGAACAAAUGGGGCCUUAACAUCUUCAAUGUGGCUGGAUAUUCACACAAUAGGCCCCUAACAUGCAUCAUGUAUGCCAUAUUCCAGGAAAGAGACCUCCUAAAGACAUUCAAAAUUUCAUCUGACACCUUUGUUACCUACAUGAUGACUUUAGAAGACCAUUACCAUGCUGAUGUGGCAUAUCAUAACAGCCUACACGCUGCUGAUGUAGCCCAGUCAACCCAUGUUCUUCUUUCUACGCCAGCGUUAGAUGCCGUCUUCACAGAUUUGGAAAUCCUGGCCGCCAUUUUUGCAGCUGCUAUUCAUGACGUUGAUCAUCCUGGAGUCUCCAAUCAGUUUCUCAUCAACACAAAUUCAGAACUUGCUUUGAUGUAUAAUGAUGAAUCUGUGCUGGAAAACCAUCACCUUGCCGUGGGUUUCAAACUGCUCCAAGAAGAACACUGUGACAUCUUCCAGAAUCUCACCAAGAAGCAGCGUCAGACACUCAGGAAGAUGGUUAUUGACAUGGUCUUAGCAACUGAUAUGUCCAAACACAUGAGCCUGCUGGCAGACCUGAAGACAAUGGUAGAAACAAAGAAAGUUACAAGUUCCGGCGUUCUUCUCCUGGACAACUAUACUGAUCGUAUACAGGUCCUUCGCAACAUGGUACACUGUGCAGACCUGAGCAACCCCACCAAGUCCCUGGAAUUGUAUCGGCAAUGGACAGACCGCAUCAUGGAGGAAUUUUUCCAGCAGGGAGACAAAGAGCGGGAGAGGGGAAUGGAGAUUAGCCCCAUGUGUGAUAAGCACACAGCUUCCGUGGAAAAAUCCCAGGUGGGCUUCAUCGACUACAUUGUCCAUCCGCUGUGGGAGACCUGGGCAGACCUGGUACAGCCUGAUGCCCAGGACAUUCUGGAUACUUUAGAAGAUAACAGGAACUGGUAUCAGAGCAUGAUACCCCAGAGUCCCUCCCCACCACUGGACGAGCAGAACAGAGACUGCCAGGGUCUGAUGGAGAAGUUUCAAUUUGAACUGACCCUCGAAGAGGAGGAUUCUGAAGGCCCCGAAAAAGAAGGAGAGGGCCACAACUAUUUCAGCAACACAAAGACACUCUGUGUGAUCGAUCCGGAAAAUAGGGAUUCACUGGGAGAGACUGAUGUAGACAUCACAACAGAAGACAAGUCCCCGACUGACACAUAAUCUCCCUCUUCAUAUGGAGAUGAACAUUCCACCCUUGACAAGCAUGCCAGCUGUACGGUAGGGCCAGCCCACCAUGGGGGCCGAGGCCUGCACAGGACAAGGGCCUCCCGGCCUUUCCAGUUACUUGAGUUUGGAGCCAGAAUGCAAGACCGGGAAGCACAUAGCAGCUCAGGAAAUUCCACAGUUGACUUGCCUUGCUUGCAAGCUUAGUGGAGAGCUGAAGCUUUCUGUGGUUCUGGAGGCCAAGUUCGCAUCACAACCGAAUGGCUUGAAAAUGGAAGACACAAAACUGAGAGAUUUUUCUGCACUAAGUUUUGGGAAUCUGUCUCCUCUAGUGACUGAACUGACUGACUAAUAAUGUCAUUCCUAAAUCUGCUCACCUGUCCCCUUGUCUGCCAACCUGUGUGCCUUUUUUGUAAAACAUUUUCACGUCUUUAAAAUGCCUGUUGAAUACCUAGAGUUUAGUAUUAACUUCUACACAGAUAAGCGUUCAAAGUUGACCUAAACUUUUUUGACUCUUUCUGGGGGAAAAAAAAGGAAA